GCUCGGUUGUCCUCCGUGGGGACGACGUCUGUUGUUGGAGUUGACAAGUCAGGAUACUUGAAUCCUGGUCGUGGUGCUUGCAGCCCAUUUGUUUUGUCCUGAAGGAUGUACUGCACAUAAAAGGGAUACUAUAACCUUGCGCAACAAUGGACUGUGUAACUUCCGAAGUUACACAUUCACAGAGGGAUGAAGUGACGGCGUUCAGAUUCGAUGACGGCAGUACAUUUUCGGUAUUGUGCAAGAUGCACUUGUCGUUUGUGCUUGACUUGGAGAAAGACGAGUUUUCGUCCAUAUUGGAGAUGGAAAAUGCGAAGAGUAAACGUAAACGUCUGCCCAUUUACAAGAAACUGAAGGUAUCAAAAGAUCUCGCAAAUGCUACAAUCUUGACAGCGGAGGCUGCUCAACCAAUUCGUCAUCUCAUUAAGCAUCUCCAGAAAAGCUCAAACAUAAAAGAAGAAGGCCUGUUUCGGAAAUCGGGCAGCGUCAGCCGGCAACAGGCCCUCAAGAUACUCCUAACCAGAAAUAUCCUGCUAGACUUUGACGAGGAUGGCUACAGCGUACACGACUGUGCCUGUACUCUCAAGAGCCUGCUGUCAGAUUUAGAAGAGCCUCUAUUGACGAAUGCACAUUUCGUAGCUUACUGCAGAAUACCAGGUCUGUACAGGGAGAAAGCUCUGCCGUCAAUUCGGGUCCAGUGUAAACAGAGGCAGCUCAAAGCAGCUCAGCUGCUUCUUCUCUUACUGCCGCAACCAAAUUACGAUGUAACCAAAGAACUGUUGUUGCUUCUGCAUGGAGUCUCCAAUGCACGGCUGGAGAACUGUAUGUCGUCUGAGAGUUUAGCCACCCUGUUUACCCCAAUCAUCCUCUGCCCGCGACAGAUGCCCCCGGAUCAGAUGCACAUCAACAACGUUAAUAUUACGAAGCCUGUGGCAUUCCUCAUAGAGAAUGCACCAUCUCUAUUUGACUACCCAGUAGAGCUUGUCAAGGAUGUGAUAUCAUACAUUAAACAAAGUAAAAAAGGAAGCAGUCCAGAAGACAGCACAGAAGACAACACAGAGCCCAUAAAAACGACCAUCACCUUUUGUGUUCAGAGGAACACAAGUGCGGAAAAGGUAGAGGACUAUACAGAAAAGGCACUCGCAGAGUUGUAUGAUUACGUUCAAGGAAUGCCUGAAGUUUUGCAAAAGAAGAAGUAUGUAAGACAGUUUAACAAAGAGAACACUGAUGGUACAGCCUUCAAAAGGAGGAAGCAUGAAAGGAGCAGAACAUUUGGGGACUGCUCAAAGGACUUAUGUGCGAAGAGCUCUUUUCAGCAAGGUAACGUUCUGACCAAGAGCUCAAGUGUGGAUAAGAUUCAGGUGCCAAAUGCCAAAAUAAACAAGGAGAAAGUGACGUCCAUGCUGAGCUCGCCCUGGCGGUUUCUUAAGAAGAAGCAAGACGAGAGCAGCGACAGCUACGACACUCCACUCCAGGCCAAGCCAGAAACCAGGAGAGGAACUCCACUUCGCAACACAGUUUUGCGAGCCUCGAGGAGAGUCAAGAAUGCCAUGAUGACCCAGAAGCAGCGCAAGGCACACGACGUGCUCCGAGAAUGAUGCGAACGUGCUUAGAAGGUGGCUAAAUCAUUGUUGAAGUAAUGAAUUUUGAAUAUUUCAUGUUUUGUCUCAUUGCUCAUGAGACAAAACAAGAAAAGGCAUUUCAAAUUAUCAAUUUCAAGGCAAUCAAGGCACUUAAAAAUCAAUAAAAAGGCAUUUAAGAAAUGCCUGCUUCAUGUAGUUUCUUUUUUUUUUUUAACCUCCAGCUUUUGGAGAAAGCGUUUCACUCUUGAGAAGUUCGAAACUAUGCAAUUAUAUCACAUGGACAGCAAUUUAACAAAUUUCAGCAUAAAUUGCUAACGUAAGUGCAAUGGCUGCUUGGGAUGUUACUUUUUGUGUUUACUUAACCUUCUCAAAUGAUUGUGUUUGCGACCACCUCGGCUGUGUUGCGUGAAAGAAAUGUUAAGAGACAUUUUUGUGUUGACAGUGUUCGUAUUUCUAAUGGUACUGUUCAGUUCUGCGUAAUACAUUCUCUGUUACUUGCUGUCUGCUUACUCUCUUUCCUGCAAGUCCUCGUACUGCCUAAGUUCACAUCUGCAUCUAGUCGCUUUUUGCUUGAUCAGAAUACUUUUGCAUUCUGCUUAGUUCCUUUUUAGUUGUGGUGCUUUUUCUCGCUUGGCAGCUGUCUUCUGUUUUUCGUAACGGCAUCUUUCGAAGCAAUUCACUGUGCAUAAAAUCAUUGGUUGGUGCUCUGUUCCUCUGAUGUGACAUCAAGUGACAGAUCAAUGAUCUCAGUUGUAGUUUUAUCGGAAUAAAGUUUAUGAUGCAAUA